AUGAGUCGAGCUCUUCUCGUUUUCCCUUUUUUGAGCGCUGUCCUUGGUGCACCGAUUCCGGACAGAAAUGAGCUGAUUGCCGGCGAAGCACUGGACGAGGCGCUUGCCGCUCGUGGCGCUCAAUCGUUGGAGAUCAUUCCCGAGGCACUUCCCCUUCAAUAUGCUCCUCGUCUAACGACAACGAGUCCGCCGAAUGUGAUUUCUCUUCAAUCUGGAAUGCACACAAGCCCGACGAGUGCUUUAAAUGCGAUUUCACUCAAAGCUGCACCAUAUCCAAGUCCGACGAUUGAUGGAGCGGAGAUUGGUGGAGCGACGAUUGGUGGAGCGGAGAUUUCGAAUUCUUUCGCUCAAUUGCUUUCUACUGUAAUGCCGAUUUCGCAGAUUUCGCAAAAAUUUGAUGAAAAAGCGUUUUUUGGAGUGAAUGACGAGGAGAAUUUGAAGAAAGACCGCAAAGUGGUCGAGGUGACGAAAAGCAAAACAAUGACAGGGAAACAGGAACAGGAAAACGACGAAGAAACCGAAGAGAUCGGGGAAAUCGACACGGAAACCGAUUUCGCGGAAAAUGACGAAAUCGGCACCACCAUUGGCACGAUGAGGCGGAAAACGAAAACCAAGGAUCCGAUUACCGAGCUGCCCGCGCAAUUCGUCGAAAUGGGUAACGCGGUCGGGAUAAGGGAAACAGCAGAAGAGAUUCUGCAGUCACCGACGAGUUCGAUGAUCGACGAGUUGUCAUCAUUACCCACAAAUCCUACCGUAAUCCGGAGUGAUCAAAUGGAUCCGCUUGAGCUUUUCAUGC